CCAAAACCAUUUUCCGUUCUUUCCAUUCCCUUUGUGCGUUUCUUUUCCCACUACCAAAAUCCCACUUUCCGGUUCUUUCUCACCAUGUUGAUGAAUUACCACGAAAUGACCAUGUCCGAGCCGCGGGAUUCUCCGCAGCGACGCAAGCAAUUUCUCUUUAUUUGUACGCUCAUGGCGGCGGCCUUUUUCCAUUCCGUCCUCCAAGCCGGGGCUCUCGCAUCCGUCGUGCCCGUCGACGGCGUCUUUCCCGGAGGAACCUUCGUGUACAAGUACACGCAGCGGGAUUACGCUGCCACAAAUUCCAUGGUAGAGAGCGUCGGGAAGGAUGUGGGACUCAAGCCCCGGGACUACGCCGAUCAACUCUACACCGUCUACCUCGACAAUCCUAACGAUAUGGGCGGACGCCGUCAGCGCUUCGCUGCGGGUUAUCUCGUCACGGACAAGGCAGGCAAGUCCGUGCAAAAGACACUCCUCCAGCGCAAUCAGGAAAUUCGACCGCCCACGCCGGUCGAAUUGUGGGAUUUGCCCGCUUCGAAACUCUGGGCGCGGCUCGCCUACCAAACGGCCGAACUCCCUUCCGUCAACGCCGCAGUAGUGCAAUUCCCCUUCACCAACGGAUUCGUAUCGGCCAUGAUACAGUCCUGGAAAGUCAUUCCGGCCCUGCGGGCCUACGCCAAAGCCAACGGACAACGACCCGGUCGUCGCCACAAUCGUACCAUCAACCACCAAGUGACGGUUGUCAGUACCUGUAGUAUCCGUGACCGCAUGUGUACGCACUACGCACCCCUCUACGAUGGUGCCAAGUUCCUCCUGGGACAACCCGAUUCCGAUACGUACCAAGCGACGUUUAGUUCCGAACCCUUUGUCACUCGACAAGGCAUCAUCCGCGCCGCCCGGAAAGUAUUUCCCGGGGCCCACUACUUUUUACCGAACCCCCAGUAGAGGAUAUACAUGGAGGGCAUUGCGUCCGGACUGCAAACAACCACCAACUUAUUUUCGUUGCCGUAGGGAGUUGGUGACGUCACGGAACAAGGGUACAGUGUCUGGGUACGUCGUUCGUUUCGGGUGGGUUCGGUUGCGGAAACGCUUCUACCGUUUUUCGACAUUUUCGGUACCGUCGUCUCUUUUUGUUACACAUUCCAUACUGAGCAUAAUCACAGCAAUAAUCA